AUGGUUACAUUCCACUCGUCAAGAUGUGUGCCCGUUUGUGGCAAAUCUAGUGUGGUCUCAUCACACUUGCUAUUCACCCCGAUCGGCGGAUCCAACUCAGGCCUUCAAUCCGGAUCCAACUCGGGCCUUCAAUCCGGAUCCAACUCGGGCCUUCAAUCCGGAUCCACUCAUUGUCUCGUAGAUCCGUUUCUUAUCUCUUUAGUUGACCGAUUUCACUCGGUUCCAGUCCCAGUGUGA